UCCAUAAUUUUCUGUCUACCUGCCUGUCCAUGAUCUGACCCAGUUUUGUCUGCUGAUUCUCUGUGCCUGCCUUGUCCUUGUCGGACCUGUUUGCCUGCCUGUUACUGGACUUGUAUCUGUGCCUUGACACUUCUGAUCACCCGGCUCUGACUCUGGACUUGCCCCUGGUUUUGGGACUCUGUUCAUGGAAGUGACAUCAUACAUGGAGAAAUAGCUCCAGACAACUCGAUGUUGUACAUGGUCUCAGUGCAAAACUUUUGGGGUCAUGUGUGUGGAGGAUUUCUGGUCAGCGAGGACUAUGUAGUCACAGCUGCACACUGUUAUAAAGAGGAACCUGAUCGUGUUCUUCUGGGAUCCCAAAAUCUGCAGAGUGAGAACAUUAUGACAAUGAAAAUUGAAAGCAAGUGCAUAUUCCCAAAUUAUGAAUCUGUUGGACUUGGUGAUGACCUCAUGCUCCUUAAAUUGUCUGGGAAAGCUCCCCGAAACAACGGACUGAAAACAAUUCCACUUGCAUCACCUAAAACAAAGCUGAGAGAAAAUCAGAUCUGCUCUGUGGCUGGAUGGGGUGGAACUGGGAAAGACCGUUUUGUUAAUGAUCUGAGAGUGGUGAAUGUGUCAAUCAUAAAUCCUGAACUCUGUCAGGCGAUCUGGGGGGAAAACUUUCCUUGCAAGGUGAUCUGUGCUGGUGGAUAUGGUACAGACAAAGGAUUUUGUCAAGGUGAUUCCGGUGGUCCUCUGGUAUGCGACGGGAAAGCUGUUGGUGUCGUGUCAUUCAACAGAGCCUUCAACUGUAAUUACCCAGAUGUACCCAACGUGUACAUAGAGGUCUCCAAAUAUGUUCCAUGGAUCAACAAGAUUCUAAAAGCUAAGAAAUGUGUGUAAACUCAGGAAGAUGUUUAUUUUCUUUCACUGACUCUGUCAGCUUAUGUUUUGCAAAAGAAUUUUGAAAUAAAUCAA